AUGGUAAUUCUAGAAUACAUGGAAGAGACCUGGCCCCAAAUUCCACUGAUGCCCGAUGAUCCUUAUGAGAGAGCUAUAGCCAGGUUUUGGGUUAAAUUUGUUGAAGAUACGGGUGUUGCGGUAUGGAUUAUGUUCCAUAGCAGCGGAGAAGAGCAAGAAAAGGCAGUGAAGGACAGCUUGGAAAUGCUAAAAACCAUUGAAGAACAUGCUCUGGGAAAGAAGAGAUUUUUCUGCGGAGACAAGAUUAGCUUGGUGGACAUAGCCUGUGGCUGGAUUGCCCAGUGGUUGGAAGUCUUGGAAGAAGUGGCAGGAAUAAAACUGAUUGAACCUCAGAAAUUUCCUCGCCUGCAUACAUGGAUAAAAAAUUUCAAGGACGAGCCCAUAAUCAAGGAAAAUCUGCCAGGGCAUGACGAGAUGCUGGUCAACUUCAAACCUCUCGGAGGAAGGGCACUAUCACGCUAA